AUGGCUUCUUUUGAGGAAGAUUUCCUAGCUCUUUGUCAAGAUCAAAGUUGCCAAGAGGAAGGAAAAGAAAUAAUAGAUUUAGGAGGUCCUUCAAAUGAAUCUGUAACACCAAAGUCCAUCAGCUUUGACAUGUGGAAUGGAUGUACCCCAAGUAACUUCAGCUCCAAGCUUGGUCAAAAUAAGCUUUUUAAACCUGUUUGUGUCUACGUACUUGAAAAGGUUGUCGAGUAUCUGAGUAUGAUUAAUGUCCAGUACUUUAUUUGUGGUGGUACAGCUCUGUCAGUUUACAGGGAAGAUGGAAAAAUGAUACGUCAUGAUGGGGAUGUAGACAUCGCAAUUUUCGAGUGUGAAUUUUCCAGUGUUCUCCAGAAUCUACACUCCUUUCCCGCCAUGCAAGACGGUUUUAUACAAGUGUCCAACAAGUGUCCUGUGAAUGGGACAAGUUGGUUUGAUGAACAUGAAAGGGAGAUAUCCUACAAUGGAAAUGGUGGAAAACGACUCAAAUUCUGUGCUAGCCGAAAGCUGUGGGAUAGAUUUGCAAUUCGAAAGGAUUUGUUGUUUGACCCUAGCCUAGCCCAUUUGGAUGUGUUUACGUUUUCACAACAUCCUGACGACCACAGUUGCUUCUGUUACAACUGGAAUAUUCCUGGAAGGUACGAUUAUAGGCGAAAACGAUUCCCAAAGACGUGUAUCCUGCCUCUGAAGACGUACAACUUUGAAGGUAUUUGUGUGAAAGGACCAAACUGUUUGAAGACUUUCCUUGAAGUGGAGUAUGGAUAUCUGGGCCGUGACGCUAUGUUCGACUUUUCGUCACAACUUUAUGUGAAAAUUCCUCAGUCUGUGAGUGAAAAACUACCAAAGAAGAUAAGAAAAGUUUUGACUAGUGAUAACUAA